CUUUUUGUAUACUGUGUAAAUGAGCCUUAGUGUGUUGCAGUUUAGGAAAUGACCAUUUCAGGGAGCAUCCUCCACCAGUUACUAUGUAAAUUUGGCUGUUUUUAACAGUAGUUCAGUCAUAAUAUAGGAUAUAUACAUGCACACAUAUCCACUUCAAAUGAACUUGUAUCCCUCAAAAACAGCAGAAGUAAAUCUCUGAAAUCAGAUUUGAUUUCAACCAAACCAUAACAUUUCUAAAUAUAGGAAUUCUGGAUUUAUAUUAUUAUAGUCACCAGCAUCAUUUAGGAUGAGUAUGUUUUUUCUUCUGUAGUGAAAUUACUGGGUUUUACAGCUUUGUCUUAUGUUGGAAUCAGGUAAAAAUGCCAACAUAAUAUGAAGUUGUUGUUUUUUUUUUAUUCAACGAGGCAAAAGCCUCAUUGAGAUUUAAAAACUCUCGCUCUGGCCCAGCAUAACGUUAACCUCUAACGUGGAAUCUAACCUUAUCAUGUCCUUACCAGCUUAGCUCGUUUGAGGAAUCAUGACUGUGAUACAACUUUUUCAUCCCUUUUUGUCUUCACUCCAUUUUCAGUUCCUCUCCAAACACAAAGCUUUGAAAGAUUCACACACAGAGUUUCACUUUAACGGAAUUGGUGUUACUGCGUGUAGUGCAUGGUCAUGUUUAGACUUUCAUGUGUGGAAGGGAACGGCUUUAUUCUUGACUUUAUAGCACCACCAUGAAACAUGAACAGAAAUGGCUCGGUGCUAAUGCUGCUGUUCUCUCCACAGAUCCGUGUUCCUCUGUGGGAUAUAAAACAUUAAAUUGAUCUUCUCUCCUUUAACAUGUGGUGUUUCUUUAAAAACGUUGAAAUGAAGGGACCAAUGAUGAAAGGCAUACAGAACCUUGCUUCACUAUAAGUGCGCUGAAGUAAACUGUAUAUAAUAAUAUGUCUAAUUAAGAUAAACAUCUGUUUCUUUAUGUUUCUGGUUCCAGGUCCAGUUAUCUAGUGGAUUUUGUGUGCGUGUGUGUGUGUGUCAGCUGUUUGGUUUGAUCAGGUAAAAAUAAUGAUGUGAACCACUGGAUUAAUCGUAAUACUAUCACCGCUCUUUUAUUCUUCAGUGGAAGUCAUUUCAGAUCACAGCAAAGAGAUAAAACAGUGCUGUAAACAUUUUUAUUUCACUGUUGUUAUACAACCCAUUUGAUCACGUAUCACCAUUUGAUUAUCUCUUGCCUACUGCGUUUGAAGACCUUGUUGGUUUGUAAUGUGGUAACAUGUAUAUUUGUAUUUUAAUUAAUAUAAUAUUUAUAUAUAUAAGACUCCUCAAAACAAAGUUACAAAGUCUUUUACAAAUAAAAACACUAGUUUGCAGACAGAAGUAGAACCGCACAUAAAUAUGAGCAUGAGCAACAAUAACAAAUACUAAAAAGUAAAAAUUGGAAACAAAGGUACUUAAGUUCUUGGUCUAGUCGUGUGCAUCUAAACUUGUAAUCUACAGAAUAAACUCUUAUUUCUUAACGUAAACUUUCAUCGUGUUUAUGGUCGAUUAUACAGACUUUAGUUCAUGUUCUGUAAAUCUACUGAAACAGUUUGUUAGUUUAACGUCUCAGGGACACACUUUUCUUGAUUUAGAUGAAGAGUUGUGGCAGCAGAUCCUGUUUGCCGUCGUCUAUUUAUUGACCAAUCAAAUGAGAGGAGCAAUCAGAGGCCAUUCCAACCAGGUGGGAUGAGGGAAAACAACAACAACCAAGUGAGACACUACCAAGCUUUUCUGUGUGUGUGAAUAUGUCUUUAGUAUGCGUGUGUGGACCAUUUAUCAAGCAAACCUGUCUUUGUGGCUGGUCCACACAACUUUAACAGGCUUUUGUGGGAUUAAGACCUGGUUUUAGGGUUAGGUAUUUAGUUGUGAUGGUUAAGGUGUGCGUGUGUGAGAUGAAUUAUUCUUUAAUCGUGCUUGCAAAGACACCUACCAGCUCCUCUGCCUUGCCAUAAAGUGUGUGACAUCACCAACAGCUCCAGUAUGAAAGUCCACAUUGUGCUCUGUCAGGCAGACGGUGCAGUGCUGAGCAGAUCAGAUCCACCUGACGCCUGCAGCAGCUGCAGCAGCAGCAGCAGUGUCCCAGCUUUGACCUCUCACCUCAGGCUGGACAGCACAAAGGAAAGGUCAGGGAUGGAGAGGCUGCUGAGAAAGUGCAACAUCAAGAACCAGCUGGUGAGGGAGUGCAUGGCCGAGUGCCUCGGCAUCUACAUCCUCAUUCUGUUUGGAUGUGGCUCUGUUGCCCAGGUGACCACGACUCAAGAAGAGAAGGGACGCUAUCUGUCAAUCAAUCUGGGUUUUGCUCUGGGAGUAACACUUGGGGUCUAUGUGUCCGCUGGAGUCUCAGGAGCCCACCUGAACCCUGCAGUUUCUCUGAGCCUGUGUGCUCUGGGCAGACAUCCGUGGCUGAAGCUGCCUUUCUACGUCUUCUUCCAAGUGCUUGGAGCCUUUUUGGCCGCAGCCACUGUUGGUCUGCAGUACUACGAUGCCAUAUGGACGUACAGUGGAGGAGCACUCACAGUGUCGGGUCCCACUGCCACAGCUGGAAUCUUCUCCACCUACCCCAGUGACUACCUCAGUGUGUGGGGAGGCGUCGUGGACCAGGUGAUCGGCACAGCUGCUCUGCUGCUGUGUAUCCUCGCUCUCGGGGACCGGAGGAACAACCCCCUCCCCGAUGGUUUUCAGCCCGUCCUGGUGGGAGCUGUGGUGCUGGUGAUCGGCAUCUCGAUGGGCUCAAACAGCGGCUACGCCAUCAACCCAGCCAGGGACUUUGGGCCUCGCUUGUUCACGUUCGUUGCUGGCUGGGGAGUGGAUGUUUUCACGGCUGGAGGAGGCUGGUGGUGGGUGCCUAUAGUGGCUCCAUGUGUCGGAGGGCUGCUGGGAACACUGAUCUACGAGCUGAUGAUUGAAGUCCACCAUCCUCCGCUCGCUCCACCUGAGCUUCAGACAUCACGUGAGGAAGCCAGUGGAGUGGAGCUUGUGAUGGAGGUGGUGGAGCGAGACUGUGAGAAACUGGGCUCUUAGUGGUUCAGAUUCAGCCAUAAUACAGAAGGAAAACAUGUCAGGCUCAGUAUUUAUAUAUUUUAUACAUCUAUAUAUUUGAUAUCAGGCCCACUGAAACUGUGUAAAUGAGACUCAUUUAUUUCAAACAUGUAAACUGUCAACUGUGAAUCAAAAUAGUUCCACUAUUUGGAUGGAUUGCUUUGAUUUUGUUGUACAGAUGGUGAAAGCUUGUCCUUAAAGGAUUUAAAAAUGUC